UAGCUGGCAGCAUCGGGUCUCAGUCAGUCCGAUUUGAACAGCGCCCCGCUCCACCCGCUUUUACUCGCACACGAAAAGACGCGCUUGCGAUACAAAUACGACGACCGAUAGUAUAGGGCGUUGAGAAACAUGAAAAUUAAAAAUAAAUAAUAGGUGCUUUAAUCAGUUGGCACAGUUUGUUUUAUACAAUUGUUAAUAAUGUAGGUAUCUAUCAAGAUGCCCUGGAAUUGUUUCUGGGGAUAUGAACCCCCUCCGCCUACAUGCAGAGUGAGCAAACCUCUGCAAUUAAUUUUGCAGAAAGAGGGUGUGCCGCAGGCGCACACAUUCCGCAGUAAGUCCUUCCGCAAGCCGCGGCCCUGCCAGUGGUGCCACCAGCCGGUCCAUACCCAGGGAUCCUGCUGUAGAGUGUGCAAAUAUGUCUGUCACGCGGCAUGUGAGAGCAAGGUUUCGGGAGCGGUGGAGUUGUCCGACCCAGCAAAUGCUGAACAGUUGCUAGCACAUCUGCAGAACUCUGACAGAGCAAGGUUUUCGGACACUAGCUGGCAAAUCCACCGGUCAUGGGCUCGGAACGGGGACCCACUGCCACUGUCGCCGCCACACGGCCGCGCGGUUACCGCACGGCUGCCGGUCGGGAACGGCGCCGCCAUGCAACCGCCACAGACAGAAGUUAACAGCAUCUACGACACUAUAACGACCCGAGCUGUAAGUGCUCCGGCAACCCCAGCGACUUCUGCAUUCACCAGAGAACAGGCGGGUCCUCGAUCGGCGAGUUACCCGGGCAGCGGUGGAUCCCGCCUGGACCUGUGCUAUGUUGCGGAGCGCAUGUUGGCAUUGCACCUGCCUGAUAGAGAUGCACAUGCGGAGGCCCAAGCUGCGCAUAUGCUCACCAACAAGCAUGGCGACCACUUCAUGGUAUUCGAGGUGAGCAGUGGCGACGGCAGCGGAGACGGUCGGAUAGCACGGAGCGUGUUCGGGCGCGCCAAGUCGUUAGGCUGGGCGGGUGCACUAGCGCCACCUCUUGAGCGAUUGUGUGCCGCGUGCAAGCACAUAGAGAGCUGGCUCGCUGCUCAUCCAAAGAACGUCGCUAUCCUAUUAGCUUGGGGCAACAGGGAAAGAUUAGGGGUACUAGUGGCGGCUUAUAUGCAUUACUCAGCAAUCUGCGGAGCGCCCGAACACGCUCUAGACCGAUAUGCUAUGCGGAGGUAUCUAGACGAUCGAGUGCCAGUUUUUCAACUACCCUCUAAUAAACGGUACAUAGAUACGUUUGCUGGCCUCCUGGCUGGGCAGAUCCGCGUGAAUGCAUCUCCACUCCACCUAACGCACGUGAGCGUGGCCGGAUCACUCGCGUCGCCAGCCUCGCCUACUAUCGCCUUCCUCAAGAUAUACGAAAACUUCGCAUGCGUUUACACUUCAGGUCUGUACAUGGUGAACGGCGGUGGAUGGACGGUGGGCGUGGGACGCCUGGCUUUACGCGGCGAUGUUCUAGUGCGCGCGUACAGGCGGCCUGCGCAUGCACAUUCACACUCCACUGCGCAGCGCCACCUGGUGUUCGCGUGCCAAUUCCACACAUGCGCCGUCGCUGACCACACCCUCUCGUUCACCAAACAACAGCUGGAUCAUGCUGCACACGACCCGUCGUUCCCGAGCGAUGGCGCAGUGGAGCUGGUGUUCGCUCGGGGGGAAGGGUCCGGGGGAGCAGCCCCUGCCCCUACCCCCGCCGCCCCCCUCCGCGCCGCUCCCGAUGCCAUAGCCAGAGCUGACUCAUUGGAACACCUGAGGCCACUCUCCACAUUUACUGAUGUCGAUUCUGGUGAAAAUAACGGUAGCGCUGAAGGAUCGGGAUCGGGCGGUGAAGCAGGGGAGGGCACUGAAGCAGCUCAUACGUUUGGUCCGCUGGACGGAUCGAUCUAUGCGACGGUGGUUCGCACUGGGGGUCCAGGCUCGCCGCUGAGUGCCUCGAUGGAUUCGGGUAUCUCGUCAGCGGGGCGCCGCGCCGCCCCCAGUCCGCCUGACGAGCUGGACGCGCUGCUCGGCGACAUGUUGCGCACUGUGAGCGCGCUGCCUGACCCGCCGGCGCAGUCGCGCGCCGACACCGCACCCGACAUACCGUACCACGCGCGCGCCGAUUCCGCGCCCUUCACCUACGGAGCGCCCGGCCUCCGCCCCGGCAUGCUCCGCGCGCCGAACCGUCUUGCCAGCCCCGAGCUGGUCCGCCGCGCGCUCGGCGGCAACCGCUCUUACCGCCCCAUCGAGGACGACGACGACGAACGCACAGCCACCCCUGAACCACCGUCGCCUCAGACACCCGUCUCACCCCGAACCAUAAGGAAACUCACUCACGAAGACGUCACCACCACAGCGACGACGACAGUGCCACCAAAUCCAACUGUUACCAACGGAAAAUGGCUAAAUGGCGAGACGGAGUGGGCGGUAAGGCCGGCGAGUAGUACGAGAAAAACGCCAGAGAACGGAACUUGGCGAUCAGCUAGCACAUUGGGAUGGCACGAGACGUCACGAGCGAAUGGACCGAGAAGAUCUGACAGCGCCCUAGAGGGACUCACCGGACUCACGUGGCUACAACGGCAGCAGCAGAAGCUGAGAGAACGGAAAGAAGCCAGAGAAAGGGUUGCGAGACUACCUCUGGAAUGGGAUACUGCUCCUUCGAGGCAUGUACGACGAUCGGCCAGUCACAGGGUGGACGGCUAUACCAGUGACACGACAGCGUUCGCUGACGAUGACGACGACUUCAGCGUACCCCUGCACGUCAACACAUCACGAACUGCCCUCAGGACAGACAGCAUCAGUCCGCAAGCACCAGACAGAACCUCAUCUAGGAAAUUCAUGUAUGAAAAGAUGACGAUGCGCGAAUGGAGUACCAAUACCACACCGACUAGUACUCAGGCGCCUGGUUUACUGUCUUUUGCAGAACCAAUCACCAAUGGAGAAAACAUUGUGCGAGAGCGAUCCGAAAGCUGGUCGCGGUCGGAGUCGCGCGCGGGCACGCCGGCGUUCCCGACGCACCCGCGCACGCCCUACCCGCCCACGCCCACACCCUCGCUCAGCGCCCGCCCGCCGCGCUCGCCGCCAGUCACCAGGAAGGAGCGCGACGGCAGCCCCGAGUCUGAGUACCGCACGUACAACGGCAGCUGCGGGUCGCGGCGCUCGAGCUUGGGCGGCGGCGCGGAGCCACAGCACGUGGCGCCCGACCGCGUGCGGUUCGCGCGCGAUACCAGCCACUACUGGUACAAGCCCAACAUUUCGCGCGACGACGCGGUAGCCGCUCUCCAGCCGUUGGAAGAAGGCGCGUUCAUCGUACGCGACUCGAACUCAUUCCCCGGCGGAUUCGGACUUGCUGUCAGAGCGGGUCCCGCGGGCGGGGUCAGACAUUUCCUCGUAGAACCGACGGCUCGAGGCGUGCGACUACGGGGUUGUCCUGACGAGCCCGUGUUCAGUUCACUGUCAGCACUAGUAUACCAACACACCGUCACGCCACUAGCACUGCCCGUUCCACUGAGGCUACCUGACAGAGAUCCAUGGUCUGGCGGCAAUGCGAACGCAGCGGCGCGGGCCCUACUGGCCACUGGAGCCGCAUGCCACGUGUUGCUAUUAGGUUCUGAGAACACCGAGGCCCUAACUGGACCCGCGGCCGUCAAACGAGCUGUGCAAAAUCUUCUCUCGAAAAAGGCGCCAGCGCACGUGGUGCACUUCAAAGUAUUCGGCGGCGGCAUCACAUUGACGGAUGCGGCUCGCAAGCUAUUCUUCCGGCGGCACUACCCGGCCAAUGGCGUGUCGUACGCUGGACUCGAUCCCGACGACCGCAGAUACAUCUACACCGACAACGGAACGCAGACGGAGAAACGCAUCUUCGCAUUCGUAGCGCGCGCAUCAUCGGGAGCGGACAACCAAUGUCACGUGUUCGCUGAACUGGAACCGGAGCAACCUGCAACCGCCAUAGUCAACUUUGUCAACAAGGCACUGCUCGGGAAUUCACAGAAAAGAGACAUCAUUUAAAUUAAGAUCACUUGCUUUCAAAAUUUGAAAUUAUUAAGAUCGUUGUAUAAAAAAAUACUCGUGGUAUAAGUGUAUAACACACCAAUAUGGAAGAUCAUAAUUAUAUGGAUGUUAUUGUUAAGUAUAUACAUAAUUUGAUGGAAUAUUUUUCGAUAUAAUUUCUUUUCAAUACGCUUCAUUUUCACCAAGUACAAUUAACCAUUUAUAAUGUAAAAGUCGAUAUAUGAAAACUAUUACCUACAUUAAUAUAGGUUAAAGGAGAAACUAACUAGUCUCAUAUUGAAUUAAUAUUUAGGGUAGUGAUAAUAAGCGUGCCUAAAUUAUAUUGUAAUAGAGAUAGAACCAGAAACUAAGAAAUACAAAGACGAUACUUGAAAAUAGUCAAUUACAUUCUAUAGCUUUGUAGGUACGAGACUGCAUAAUUUAAAUCCUCACUAAAUAAAUAAAAUGUUCAUCAAUGCAAUCAAUGUUUUUAUUAAUAAGUACAACGAAUUAUGGGCUUCUCAUUAUUAAAGAAUCUACCUACAUUAUAUAAAAACUUGCAAUAAUACAAUAAAUAUCAGAAUAAGGAACAACUAUAUGUAAAUGAAAUUUCAUAGUGCUACAAAGUACUAGUAAGUGAUUGCACCAAUUGCAAUAAUUUAACCGUAUUUUUAAAACAACAACGAUAGGCGAAAACAACAAAUAAAUGUUUUAAUUUUACGGUCUAUAUAAACGUGUAUAAACUAUUUAAUAUUUAUUAGGGUACGACUAGAACCAUAGGGAAAUGCCUUAACAGUGAUCUUUGUUAUUAAAAUUAAUUAAAUAUAUAUUUUAAAUGUCAUUUUAGGGCGGUAUCGAGUUCGUAUCGUGAAUAAAUAAUUUAAUAUAACAUGACUAUUUGUAAUAAAUAACUGUUUUAAAUGUAUUUAUUUGGUUAUAUAUUACAUUCAUGAGA